AUGUUGGAUAUGUCAAAGCAACAUGUUGUUCAGUCGACAGCAGAGCCACUGACGGCCAUGGCUUCUGACAAGACUUACUUCGAAAAUGGAACUUGGGCGCCGCCAUUCGAGGAGGUGGAUACCAAGGCAGCUGGCAUGCCUGCUGAUGUGGCCACAUCCUCUGGUUGCGUCCGAGUGUUUGUUGCUGGUGCGGUGACGCAUGUCGGUAAAACCUCCGUCUGUUUGGGCCUACUGGCAGCAUUGCGAAAUGCUGGAUUGAAGGCCUCGGAGUUGGGCUACAUCAAACCAGCCACGCAGUGCGAGGCCCCGGAUUUGCUGAGCAAAUGGUGUGCCGCUGAAGGAGUGGAAUACGUCGCUGGAGAGAACGCACCGCUGGUCUUCUUCUCGGGCUUCACUCGGUCCUUCCUGGCCGGUGAGCAGGGCACCAGUGCCCAGUGGCUUCAAAAGAUCCAAGACAAGAUCGCAUCGAUGUCUGAAGGACGACGAGUGCUCAUCAUCGACGGCGUGGGUUUUCCCUCGGUGGGGUCCAUCGUCGGGGUGGACAACGCGGACGUGGCCAAAGCGGCGAAAGCUCCGGUGCUGUUGGUGUGCACCUGGUCGUUGUUUUAG